GCCCGGGAGCCUGGGCCCCAGGCGGCGGCAGCGGCGGCGGAGGAGGACUUGCGGGCUAGCGGUCUGGCCGAGCGGGAUGAGCGGGCCCGGGGCAGCCGGCUCGGUGCGCGGGCUGCGGGUGGACGGGCUGCCCCCGCUGCCCAAGAGCCUGAGCGGGCUGCUGCACUCGGCGUCGGGCGGCGGCGCGUCGGGGGGCUGGAGGCACCUGGAGCGGCUGUACGCGCAGAAGUCGCGCAUACAGGACGAGCUGAGCCGCGGGGGCGCUGGCGGCGGCGGGGCGCGGGCCGCGGCGCUGCCCGCCAAGCCUCCCAAUCUGGACGCCGCGCUGGCCCUGCUGCGCAAGGAGAUGGUUGGCCUCCGACAGCUGGACAUGUCCUUGCUCUGCCAGCUGUACAGCCUCUACGAGUCCAUCCAGGAAUACAAGGGAGCAUGCCAGGCAGCGUCUGGCCCAGACUGCACGUACGCUCUGGAGAACGGCUUCUUUGAUGAGGAGGAGGAGUAUUUCCAGGAGCAGAACCCCCUGCACGACGGGAGGGAGCGAAGAUCCCCGAGGGACCCCUCACUGCCCGUCUCCCCGCUCUGCAGCGGCGACUGGAUCCUGGAGUCCAUCUAAAGGGCCCUCUCCGCCCCCACUGCGGGCCGUCCCCGGGCCAGUGGGACCAGUGCCGCCAGUUUAGUUUGCAGGCAGGGAGAUCUGCCUGGGCGCGGGGCCUCGGGCCGUUUCGGGGGCCCCUUUCUACUGAGGUGACCUGGAGGCGUUCAGCAAUCUCCUCACAGCCUGGUCCUGAGGCCCUGCGGCCAAGGAUUUGUACGGAGAGCGUAAUGAGGGGGUCCCUGGAGAAGACCUUCUCGGGUAUUUUGUGCGAGAUGAGAGGACCCGUGUGUAGCUGGCCGCUUUCUCACAGGUAGGGUUUGCCUGCAGUUUACAGUGUAAGAGAGCUAACACUUCCCUGCUGCCCUUCCUCGGUGUGUUCAGCAGCCUCUCCUGCUGUUUCCUGAGCUCUGAAGCCACUGGGUUGAGCUUUAUUUAUUUGUAAGCUGCAUUACUCAUGGUCCAGGUGACUCAGUAAAAGCUUGUCACUGAAACAGUAAACAUUUCAGGUCACACCAAUCAAGAGAACUGCAUUCUCUUAACCUGUCAAAAUUUUUUGUAUCAUUGUUUGUCCAGCAGAUGUGGGAGGAAGGAAGAUAGUACAAAGAUACUUCAAGUGGGGAAAAACACUGGAGCAAGCUGUGUUUUGUAUCACUCACGGCAAGGCGGUGAACGUUUUAGGUUUUAAAGAUUCUGAAUGUCAGCUACUAUGUGAGAAAGCAAACUCUUCCACUCAAAAUGGUCGUCACCUUAAGCCUUACUAUAUUUAUUAAAAUCUUUUAUGCACACUUUACGCUUUGUAGGUUAAAAGUGAGGAUAAAAUGCUAAACUGUCUGUGGUUGUGUAUCGAUAUUAUUUUGGUCUGAAUUAAGAAUCAUCAACUUCCGUCACUUGAAUGCGUUGAAUCCGAUCAACUACGGAAAGAAAAUUGCAGUUUGUUUUCUUGCCAUUAAGAAUUUGAAAGAAGCUUUAUUCCUCUCUUAGCUCAUCCUUGGAGUUGUUUUAUCAAUAGACUGCGGCUUACAGUUAGGUAUCAGUGCUGUUCAGUCAUUGAAUACUCUGGACCCCGUGCUUCUCUUCUUCCCUUUGGUGCAGUAGUUGCUUAUUAGCACCUUUUUGGGAGUCAGAGAGAGGAAGUAAAACUCACCAUCGUGAACCAGCAUGUUGACAGCCUGUUAUGUACACAACGCCAUGUCAGGAAUUGGGGUGAUAUGCAGAGAAGGAAGAGCAUUCCUGCUCAUUUGCUAUGUUGAAAGUCACCAUUAAAAUGAGGGGUGGCAGGAAACUGCCUUCAGCAAGUGGCGUGACUGUUCGGUGGGGAAAAUUUAUUUUAUUUAUUUAUUUUUGGCUGCGCUGGGUCUUCGUUGCUGAGCGUGGGCUUUCUCUAGUUGAGGCGAGCGGGGGCUACUCUUCGUUGCGGUGCACCGGCUUCUCACUGCAGUGGCUUCUCCUGUUGCGGAGCACGGGCUCUAGGCGCGCGGGCUUCAGGAGUUGUGGCUCGCGGGCUCAGUAGUUGUGGCGCCCGGGCUUAGUUGCUCCGCGGCAUGUGGGAUCUUCCCAGACCAGGGCUCGAACCCGUGUCCCCUGCCUUGGCAGGCGGAUUCUUAACCACUGCACCACCAGGGAAGUCCUCGGUGGGGAAAAUUGAAAGUGGCAAAACCAGGUGAAGUCUGGUUGUCUACUGGAACCUCUUCCUUCGAGGCUGGGCCCCUGCUUAACAAUGAGUUGAACCUGAGCUCAGCUGUUCUGAACCUUGGCCACGUGAGAAUCACGUGGGGGAGCUUUUAGAACAAUAUCGAGCCUGGAUCAAGACUCCCCCUUGUGGCCCCCUCGCGCCCACUCCACUCCCCGCUUCGGCCCCUAGCAUCAUUCAGAUUUAAUUAGUAAGGAGUGAGGCCUGGGCGCCUGUACGGUUCUAAAAGCUUCGCCCCCCCCCCCCAAGUGAUUCUAAUGUGGAUCUAGCUGAGAUCUAGAAUUCAAAAUGUAGUCCCUGGAGCAGGCGUCCCCGGAAACGUGGUGUAGAAUCUCACCCCACCCAGCCUUCUGCCCCCGGCCGUGCAUCUUGACACAAUUCCUCCUACGAUCAUGCUGCAGAACGUUCCAGAAGUGCUGCUUUAAGUCAGCCCAGCACCAACACUGCCGCUCUCAGAGGGCUUCGGCCCCUCCCUGUAGCACUAAAGAAUUGCCUGGCCUGCCCCAGGCGGAGCUUGCAGGGCUGGCUGUGUCUCAGGGAGCCCUCUGAUUCCGAAUGCUCGCCUUCCCUGGGUCUGCGGGACCUGCAGUGACUCCCAGGGCCUGUGAGUUUCUGGGCCUUUGUCUCAUCACUGUGGGAUGGCCUGUCAGAGUUAGAAGUGGAAUGAAUCAAGGCCAGCAAGGGGCCCUUCCCUUCCGGCUGGGCUGACACAUUCCUCGCUCCUGCAGUGAAGUGGCAGAUAGACAUAAACCACUGUGGUGGUUAGUGCUGCAUCUGAAAUAUAUAUAAAUCACCCCAGACUUUCUCUUACUCUAAAUGUAGUACACUUUAAAUACUGUAAAUACAGCUUGGCAAGGAAUCUUAAAGUUUCCCAAAUCAUAAAAUGUUUUCGAAUAUACCCUUCUACAAAGGUGCCACGGGGGACUAGAAAAUAAAUUCAGCUGGUUUCCUUUUUUGCUACCUGGCAUAAGUCAUUACCUUUAAGUUCAGAGUGGGUCUGUCUUGCUACUCGGUGACCAGCAGAGAAACGUAGACGAUAAGGCAGUCCAGCGUUACCUGAUGAAAGCUGAAGAAAUUGUGAACUACUCUGUAAGGCGACAUCCAUAGUAGUUAAGAAAAACACCUCUAGCUUCCUAAGCAUAUGUGGAGUGAACUCAGAACUGUUGCUAAUUUAAGCCUUGCAAUUCACAAGCGAUACUGUUCCUCUUAUGUCCCCAGUGGAAUUCAUAGUCGGUUAACCAACCUGACUCCUUGCUUUCAUGCCUCUGUAACCUAGGGUGAUGUCAUUCAUUCAGCUAGCAUUAUCAUUUAGCAUUUUUGGGGAUCACAUUGAUACGGGCGCCGAGAACAGAUGAAUAACGUGAAGAGCCUCUGGCCGGUACUCCGCUUCCACAAAUAGCUUAGCACGUGAUGUUGAGUACUGUGAUGGGGGAAGUACCAUGGGCCACUGAGUGCCAGAAGACUCCACAGCUCCUCGGGGAUAUUGGUGGAGAUGACAUCUGAGCUGGCUUUGGAGGCUGAAUAAGUCCUUCAAGAGGCCAAGAGUGAGAAGGCAGAUGUAGUGGCUUAAACAAAGUCUCCAAAAACUUUUACGUGCAGUGCCGUGUGCUUUCAUAAAACACUUUCAUUUCUAUAAUUUAAAUGGGUUAAGUGAUUUGCCUAAGACCAUGGCUAAAUAAUAGCAGAGCUGGAGUUCUCAGACACAGUUUGUGCUUUACGUUUAAGGCGCAAGAGGUGCUGGGAUAAUGUGAAAUCUAAGGAGACUGUCUGGUACAGCCCCUUCACCUUCAUCACAGUGCUGUAUUAUUUAAUGAUUUGUUGUGUAGUGCUUUCUACUGGAUCUUGGUCUGACGUCUACAUGCACAGGCCUGAUUUCUUUCAGAGCCUGUCAUAAUAAACAUAUGCCAAGUGUAUGUGUGACCCAAAGACCCUACAGCAACCAACAUCACUUCACUGGAGGCGAGUUGUCAGUGGAGUCUGAUCUCUCUGCCCAAGGAAAACUUAGCGAUUGUCAAAGCCCAAGCAUGUCCAGUCCUCUUGUCUUCGUGGAUUGUACUUUCAGUUCAGAGAGAUGUAUCUGAGCCCAUUCUGUACGGAGGUGGUAGAACUUUGGAUGGAAGGUAACAUCUGGAGGUUACACCUGAAGAACAGCUGAUGCCUGCUGGGUCAGUGUCAUGGGUGAAAAGGCUAUGGGAACGUGUGGGCCUCCAGACCACCUAGUGUGGGCUUUGGAGAGGGUGUCAACAGCCUGCCUGAUGCCUUUGUUCUAAUCAACUGUGAUAAGGAUGUAUGAUUUUCCACCUCACUCCUCUGGCCACCAGUUAACUGAGGACAGGUCCCUGGAGACCCAGCUUCCAACCUGGUUCUCCUGACUUUCUGAAGAACUUGCACAAGCAAGCUUAGCAUCUACAGAAUGUUGAGCACAACCCUUGUUAAAUACAUGAACAAAGCAAGAUUAGCAAAAUAAAAGCAUGAAGCGAUUAGUAGUUUAGGAAGAGUUACAGCCCCAGAGAGGCAGGUCCCUGUGAGAGGGGAGGACAAGAGGAUGAGAGAAUUACGCACUGUCAACCUCAGGCAAAAGCGCAAAGACCCCCUCUCUCUGCUCUCCGUUCCAUCUCCAAGGCAGAAGCACUAAUGAAAGUCAGUGACCAGUGGGGCCCCAGGAACACAGAAGCCACUGUUACUGGGAAGGCCGAUUUUGGUGGGAGGAGUACUUGCAUUAGAAAUAGACGUGGUUAAAGCCACAGACACCAUACGACCUGGGAGCACUUCCCAAGUCUCUCACAAGGGCAAGGUAUCGGAGAAGAGAAGUUAGGACUUUGUUCUGGGACGUAGGGAAGAGAGCAGCUUACCUUUCAUUCUCUCUCUCCUGCCCUCAGGGUGAUGAGAUGCCAGGGUGGGCUCAGGGAGAAAGGGCAAAAGAGGAAACCACUUAAGAUGACCUCUAGGACAUCAUUUGUGUUAGAGACGAGAAAGCUCUGAAAUUCCUAAGUCCAGCACAAUGCUAGGAAAGCCAUGGAGACUUGAGGUUGAAGGGCAGGCUGGUAAUAGCGCCUAUUCAUCUGGUGUGUCCCUGUGCACGGACGCCUCAGGAAUCUAGAUGGAGGUGAGUUUGGAGAACGAGGAGGGUGCUUGCUAACCAGACUCCACCUGCAGUUGCUGUGUGUCCCCAGCCAGGCCAUCGCCAGGAGUACUCCUCACUGGGCGCUGGUCCUCUCUGGCCGAUCCCCAUCUGCCUUCCCCGCGGAAGUACUAGGGAAGAUGAGUUCAGCUCAUUUCCCCUGGGGUCAUACACCAUGUGACUUUUCUCAACAAGCUAUCAAGACACACCCUAAAGGACCAUCUCAUUCAUCAGUAAUUUACACUGGCUCAAGCACCCUGCCCGAAGCACUUCCAGCGUGCUCGGACCUCGAAUUGGAAGGAGCCCAAUAUAAGACGUGGAGGUUGAACUUGAGUCCCCCAGCUGUGGAAGGAAGAGUAGAAACACGCCCCCUAGGGCAGAAGACACACUCUUGUACAGACAUAUGCCUGGUCACACAUUUAUGUAUUUUAAAUGGACUGGUACGAUUUAUAUACCACCUGUGUUUAAAAAACGAUUUAAGGCUGCUUUAUAAAAAUUGACACAACACAAUAAAAUGCAAUUUUUAUUUUU